UUUGGCUCGCGGGUCCCUGUAAAGAUGUCUGAGCAGGCGGGGAGGGAGCGGAGCGGAGGACCGGACAGAGACACACGGAGCCCGCGGCUCUCCGCACAGAAUCCAGCCCAGGUGGAUGUCAUUCUGACGAGCAGCCAGCAUGUCCAAUGACAGCCAAGGAUCAGUGAAGGGGGAGGCGGCCAUGACGCUGUCUCCCUCUGGCUCCGCCUCCUCACAGGGCCCGCCCCUUUCUCCUUCCACCUCCAAACCACAGGAGUUGCCAGAUGAGCUGGUGCAGGCCGGCUGGUCUAAGUGUUGGUCGAAGAGAGAGAAUCGUCCGUAUUACUUCAACCGAUUCACCAAUCAGAGUCUGUGGGAGGUGCCGGUGCUGGGACAGCAUGAUGUCAUCUCUGACCCUCUGGGUUUGAAUGCGGCGCCAGCAGAGGGCGGCGACAACAACCUGGGUAAUGGUCAGAGGAAGAGGCGUGUCUCUGAGGAGCAGGGGGCGGGGCCUAACAGCUUCAAACGAUCCAAGGUUGAGCCCACUACUCCCAUCUCUCCCAGCACUCCGGGGGUCAAACCCUGGAGCUCCGCCCCCGAGGAAAAACAGAGCCAAUCCACAACGCCCACCACUCCCAGCCCCACCCCCGCGCCGUACAGACCGGCUGUUAUCUACUGGGAUCUGGACAUCCAGACCAACGCUGUGAUCCGAGAGCGCCCCCCCGCCAACCACCUGCCCCCACACCCAGAGAUCGAGCUGCAGAGAGCUCAGCUGGUCACCAAACUACGGCAGCACUACCACGAGCUGUGCUACCAGAGAGAAGGUAUAGACCCGCCCAGGGAGUCUUUUAACCGUUGGCUGUUGGAGAGGAAAGUGAUCGACAAGGGUCAUGACCCCCUGUUGCCUAGCGACUGUGACCCUGUCAUCUCCCCGUCCAUGUUCAGAGAAGUUAUGAACGACAUUCCCAUCAGGUUGUCUCGCAUUAAGUAUAAGGAGGAAGCCAGGAAGCUGCUGUUUAAAUACGCUGAAGCUGCCAAGAAGAUGAUCGAUUCCAGGAAUGCCAGUCCAGAGAGCAGGAAGGUGGUCAAGUGGAACGCCGAGGACACGAUGAGCUGGCUGCGCCGAGAUCACUCCGCCAGCAAGGAGGACUACAUGGACCGUCUGGAGCACCUGCGGCAGCAGUGUGGUCCUCAUGUCGCGGCCGUGGCCAAAGACUCUGUGGAGGGAAUUUGCUCCAAGAUUUACCACAUCUCAGCUGAGUACAGCCGCCGGCUCCGCCACGCCCACCUGAGCCUGCUGCAGGAGCGGCCCGCAGAGCCCGCCGUGUCCCCGGAGCAGCAGAGGUUGGUGUACUGUUACCCGGUGCGCCUGGCGCUGCCGUCGCCCGCCCAGCCGCGCGUGGAGCUGCACUUUGAGAACGACGUGGCGUGUCUGAGGUUCAGAGGGGAGAUGGUGAAGGUCAACAGAGGUCACUUCAGCAAGCUGGAGCUGUUGUAUCGGUACAGCUGUAUAGAUGAUCCUCGCUUUGAGAAGUUCCUGUCCAGAGUCUGGUGCCUCCUGAAGAGAUACCAGGUGAUGUUUGGCAGUGGUGUGAAUGAGGGGACGGGCCUGCAGGGGGCGCUGCCUGUGUCCGUGUUCGAGGCGCUGCACCGGCAGUUUGGCGUUUCCUUCGAGUGUUUCGCCUCGCCGCUCAACUGCUACUUCAAACAGUUUUGCUCCGCCUUCCCCGACAUCGACGGCUUCUUCGGAUCCAGAGGUCCGUUCCUGAGUUUCUGUCCCGUCAGCGGCUCGUUCGAGGCCAACCCUCCGUUCUGUGAAGAGCUGAUGGACGCCAUGGUGACGCACUUCGAGGAUCUUCUGGAACGGUCCAAUGAGCCGCUGUCGUUCAUGGUGUUUGUUCCGGAGUGGCGUGACCCCGUGACCCCCGCCCUCAGCCGGAUGGAGGGAAGUCGUUUCCUGCGGCACCAGCUGAGCGUGCCGGCCUACGAGCACGAGUACCGCUCAGGCAGCCAGCACCUGUGCAAGAGGGAGGAGAUGUACUACAAGGCGGUCCAUGGUACUGCAGUUCUCUUCCUGCAGAACGAGGCGGGCUUCGCCAAGUGGGCGCCGACGCCGGAGCGCCUGGCCGAGCUGCUGGCGGCGUACCGUACCUCAUCGUCUCGCGCUUCCUCCCUCUGCUCGCCUGGCCCCGCCCCCCCGGGGGACUCCGCCUCCAAAACCACCGAGCGGACGCAGAGUGUGGAGUCACCUGGUAGCCAUGACAACAACAACAACAACAACAACAACAGCAGCAGCAGCAGCAGCAGCAGUCCACAAGACAAGAUGUCCGCUGUGUAGAGGGGCGGAGCUUCAUCCUGUACAGAACCGUUCCUCCAUAGAACCUUUGUUCCGCUGCAGCCGUAGAAACAGGACUAGGCCUUUUGUUUUGUUUGGAUUGUCCCUUACCAGCACCAGUAGCACAACUUCAGCCUGUCAACAGAUUCCCAUGAUGCAGUUCUGCUGCCGCCAGGCGUCCUGAGCGGCCAGCAGGGGGCGGAGCAGCCAGCCUUCACUGUGUUCCACACUCCAGAACCUCUCUCCUGUCUACUGCUUUGUACCGGCUUCCAGCACGUUCUGUUGCCGUUCUCCUGUUCUGUUGCUGUUCCUGCGUUCCGGUUCCGUCUGCCGCCGGCCGCUUGGUCCCCGCUGCUGUCGGCUCCUCUGAUUGGUUGAGGCUUUGCAGCCAGCAAGGGUUUGUGUUUAUUACUAAGCCACCGAGUGUAGGUAGAACCCAGCAGAACGUUUUGGUUCUGCAGAGCUGCAGCAGUAACCCUCAUCACGUGCAGCCUCGUCUCUCUUCAGGCCAACGUCCGUCGCUUUGAGGCCUCCUCGUGUUUGAUUGGUCCCCACGUGGAGACUGGGUGGUGAUUGGUUGAUUAGGCAGCUAUAGUUUCCAGUUGGAUUGUAGGAGGAGCCUGGCAGGGGAGGGGCGGAGCUGCAGAGCGAAUGUAACGUCACAGCCGCUCCACAGGGGGCGCCGCACUCCCCUGACAUCACCUGAAGCUUCACACGAGCAGAAGGCCGUCAUCAGCCUCACCUGCUAACGCUGCGGCAUGCUAACGCUGCGGCAUGCUAACGCUGCGGCAUGCUAACGCUACAGUCUGCCCUGUGCUACAACAUGCUAAUGCUACAGCAUGCUAACGCUGCGGCAUGCUAACGCUACAGUCUGCCCUGUGCUACAACAUGCUAAUGCUACAGCAUGUUAACGCUACAGCAUGCUAACGCUACAGUCUGCCCUGUGCUACAACAUGCUAAUGCUACAGCAUGCUAACACUGCAGCCUGCCCUGUGCUACAACAUGCUAACGCUGCAGCAUGCUAACGCUACAGUCUGCCCUGUGCUACAACAUGCCAAUGCUACAGCAUGCUAACGCUAUAACAUGCUAACACUGCAGUCUACUGUGUUACAGCAUGCUAGCGCUGCCCCAUGCUAACGCUACACCAUGCUAACGCUGCAGCAUAUUAACGCCACAACAUGCUAAUACUACCCUCUGCUCUGCCCUGGAUUACUCCGUGCUAACGCUAGUUAAGUCUCUUUAUUACAACACGCCCGUGCUAAAGCCUGUUCUGUAGUACAACACAACACUAUAAUCUGUUCUGUGCUAGCACAUGCUAACGCUACAACACGCUAAUAAUCCAGUCUGCUCUGGACUACAACACGCUAAUAAUCCAGUCUGCUCUGGACUACAACACGCUAAUAAUCCAGUCUGUUUAUUACAGCACGCAAAAAAUAAUCUGUUCUUUCUACAACCUGCUAAUGCCUAGUCUGUUCUGUACUAGAACAUGCUAAUGUUCUGUAGUAGAACAUGCUAAAGCUACAGUCUGUUUAGAUUAAAGAGGCCUGAAUGUUGCCCCCUGCAGGCCCUUUUUAGAGUUUAGGCCAGAGGCUCCGCCCACAACAUGGCUCCAGUGUUUGUAGUGGUUUUGUCAUUAUUUUAGUUGAGUUUGUUUUUGUUUGUCGUCGACCCCCAACUCAGACGACUUCCUGUGAGUGUUGGGGGCGUGGCCACGGUCUUCUACGGUCAUCAUCCUAUUGGCCGUCUUCUGAAGGCCGUCUGGCCCUGAUUGGUUGGUAGCGUAGCCUCUGGUGUGUGUGUGUGUGUGUGUGUGUGUGUGUGUGUGUGUGUUUCUGCCACCAGCAGCUUCCUGUAGAUAGUGUACAGUCAAACGCUCUGAGGUUUGUUGAUGUUACUUUCCUGCUUCGCUUUGGGAUCGAGCUCCGAUGGAAAACAACACAAAAAUUAAUUGUAUGUUUAACUGUUCCUCCAUGCUUUUUCUUUGAGUUAAUUUAACAUAAUUUUUUAAAAGAUGAAAUCUGUUCCUGUAUUAUACAGCUUCUGAUAUAGUUUGUUUUAAACUAAACCAAAGUGUUAUUAAGAAUAUAUAUAUCUUGUAUGUAAAAGUAGAACUGUGUAUGCAUCAGUAAUGCUGAAGUCUAACCAGCAGAAUACUCCUGACUUUAUUUUUAUAAUUCUUUAUCGUCCUUUCAUUUUUUCUUUCUUUUUUGGUAAAUGAUCUGUUUUUUAUGUUUUGAAUUAUUUGGAUUUUAUUUUGCAUGAUCCUCGUUGACUCAGAUGAUGUAUGUAUUCCUGAAUGUGUUUGAGGUCGAGUCUUCCUGUCCGAGCCGCCGCCGCUCCUGCGUUCAGAGCAUCAGAGCGCCGCCUCACUGAAGUCAGUCAGUAAACAUGGAGCUGGGCAUUUCUACCUUAAAGUUGUAAAUUUACCAAAAAAAACUUGAUAUUCUUUGAGAUUUUAAUGUCAUAAAAAAAAGAAACAGCAGAAGAUUCUCUCAGAUGAAGGGAUGAGUCCGCCUCAUCCCUUCAGCUGAUUGGCUGCAGAGUUCAGCUCUUUCUCAGCAAUUUGUGUCUUAAAUCUCAGAGAAUUUACACAUUUUUUCCUCGGAAAUUUAAUCCUGGAAAUUUAUUUGUUUUGUUCCCGAUAUUGCCCCCCACCCCCCCACCCCCCCCGCUAGCUAAGAUGCUACCAGCUGCAAAAAA